GCGGCGGCGGCGGCCGAGCCGAGCCGCACAGAGCCGAGCAGAGCCGCGCCGAGCCGCGCCGAUUGCAAACGAGGUUUUUUGGGGGGUUUGCUUUUUUUUUUAAAAGGGAAGCGGUCGGAAGGUGGCGGCGGGGGCUCGUCCCCGGCCGCGCGUGUGCGGAGGGGGUGCUCCGCGCCCUCGCCCUGCCCGCGGUGCAGUUAAGAUGCGCCCCGGACGCCGUGCGGUUGCAGCGCGCCGGCGCUGACAUCGCUCACCAUGGACAGCUUCGACUUAGCUCUCCUUCAGGAGUGGGACCUGGACUCUCUGUGUGUCUAUGAGCCAGAUAGAAACGUGCUGCGAAGGAAAGAAUGGGAAAGGAGAAAUCAGGAGGCCCAGCAGGAGGAUGGCGCAUUUCACACAAGUUACUCCCUCUUCAGUGAACCAUACAAGACUAACAAGGGGGAUGAGCUCUCAAAUCGCAUCCAGAAUACACUGGGCAACUAUGAUGAAAUGAAAGACUUGUUAACUGACCGAUCAAACCAGAGCCACCUUGUUGGGGUUCCAAAACCUGGGGUUCCUCAGAUGCCUCUCCCCAAGCCUGAUGAACAUCUUAUUGCAGACUCAAGACCGCUGCCUCCUCCUCCGAUUUCCAACACUACUUCUUCCACACCAGCAGUCCUAUCUGCCCAGCAAAGCAAAAGCGCCACAAUGGGUUGGCAGAAGGCUGGGCACAAUGCCCCUUCAGAUGGCCAGCAGAGAGCAAGCAAGCAUGGACACCGGUCGCUGGAGUCACACAAGGGUGACUUCAAACUUGUGAACCAAAAAUCCAGUCUGGAUAAACUAAAACGCUAUGCAUCGAGUCCCACUUCCUCUUCCUCCACCUCCAAUGCUUCCCAGCAAAGCUCACUGAGGGCCACAAUAGGAGACAAUGUCAGCAGGCUGCAGCAGCCAGCAAAGCUCAAUUGUAGCUCAGAAGGAGGAGCUCAAGCGCAAGAGAGGCCAGCAAAGCAUGGUGGCAGCCACUGCGUCCAAAAUUUCCCACCCUCUCUUGCUUCGAAGCCCAGUCUGGUUCAGCAGAAACCAACAGCUUAUGUAAGGCCAAUGGACGGUCAAGAUCAGGCUCCUGAUGAGUCUCCAAAGCUGAAGUUACCAGCAGAGACAACCAAGUCAUACAGGGGAGUGCCUUCUAACAAGCCUGAUUCAGCCAGGACCAAGUCAAAGAUAGCCAAGUUCAGCAUUCCUAAGCAGGAAGAGGACAGUGGAGCUGGGGAUAACAGCUGCGUUGAAGAAAUAUUGCGGGAGAUGACCCAUUCAUGGCCUGCUCCACUGUCAGCUAUUCACACACCAGGAAAGGCAGAACAAAGCAAGUUUCCCUUCCCGAAUAAGGAGUCACAACAGGGAUCUACAGGACACAGCAAUACAAGGAAAAGUGAUGUAGAGCCAAAGAGUCCAGAGAAAAGCGCAACCCAUACAUCAAUGCUAGAAGAUGACCUCAAGUUAAGCAGCGAUGAAGAAGAGAGUGACCAGCAGGCAGCACAGAGAUCUGCUCUCCGCGUUCUAUCUGACAGCCUGGUGGUGCCACAGUCCAACGCCCGAGCCUCGGGACUCUCCAGCAAGGGGUCAAGCAGCAGCAGCUCCAGUGAAUCCGAGACCAGCUCAGAGUCUGAUUCAGAGAGCGAAAGCAGCUCCAGCGAGAGUGACGGCAGCAAGCCUUCCCAUUACUCCAGCCCAGAGCCCGAGCCACCCUCCUCCAACAAGUGGCAGCUGGACAAGUGGCUGAAUAAAGUCACCCCACACAAAGCACCCAUCCUGACCCACCACGAUGGCCCGGCGCUGGAGGCCCAUCCUUACUACAGCCGUGUGAAGGCAGAGCAGCCGAAAAGCGAGAAGACCCCAGCGACCGGCCCAGCCGAGCACCGCAGCGGGGAGGUCCGUGCCACCACCACCGCCACCGCCACCGCCACCGCCACCGGGGACGGACCGCGGCCUAGGACCGCCAACAAAGCACCGGGCAGCAAGGGCAGCCGGCAAAAGUCACCCCCCGCUGCCGACGGCGGGCCUCCGAGGCGGGCGGCAGGGAAGAAGGCACCGCGGCGGGCCGAGAGGACCUCUGCCGGGGACGGCCCCCAGUGCCCCAGCGCGGAGGAGCCACCCGGGAGCCACAGCUUUCCGGAGAGCACUGCUGGUGAGGCGCCGAGGGCCCGGCCCGGCGGCAGCACCAACGGCAGUGGCUGCAGAGCGGGGCACCGCCGGGAGCCCCGCCCGGCUGCAACCGGCGAGAAGCGCCGGGCCCGCGGGCCAGGCAAAACGGCGCCCAAGUCCAAGGAGUUUAUCGAGACCGAGUCUUCGUCCUCAUCGUCCUCCUCCGACUCGGGCUCCGAGUCGGAGCGGGAGGAGCGCCCACUGCCCAAGGCGCCCGUGGCGGCCGGGUCCGAGCCGCGCACCAAGGACGCAGGGACCGGCGCCGCCAGCAAACCCCACGGUGGCUGCAGUGCCUUUGGCUCCAUUAAUGCCAGGACUAGUAGUGAAAUAGCAAAGGAGCUGGAGGACCAGUUUUACACCCUGGUUCCUUUCGGUAGGAAUGAGCUCCUGUCUCCUCUGAAAGACAGUGAUGAGGUAAAGUCACUGUGGGUCAACAUUGACUUGGCUCUUUUGUCCAGGAUUCCAGAGCGUUUGCCUGAAGAGCCGCUGGCCAUGAGCGCCGGAGCAAACCAGGCGGCCAGCCUCCCGCAGGGUAGUAGUGCUGACCCCCCCGCAGAGAAGGGUUUACCGAAAUCUAGAAGGAAACGCAAGUGUGAGAAUGAGGAAGACUGCAGAGACAUCAAGAAGGCUCACUUAGAGCGAGAGAGUUCUUCACGAUUAGCUGCCUCUGCCCACAGCAUCAACACAGCAAAUCACUGCAAUAUGAAUGAAAAUAGCUUGGCAAUACCAAUAAAUAAAAAUGAGAAAAUGCUUCGGUCACCCGUCUCUCCCCUCUCCGAUGCAUCAAAACACAAAUACUCCAACGAUGAUUUAACUUCCUCCAGCAGACCUAAUGGCAGCAGUCUAUUACCUUCCAUCUCCUCCAGCAAAAAGCAUAAGAGUGAAAUCCAGUCGCAGCCACAUCCUGGAGACUUCAAUAAAGCAGUUCACAUCAAUUCAGAAAAUGCCGUUCUCUGCAAUAAGCCACAGUCUCAAACAGAGCCUUGGUCACCUCUGUCCAGCACACCCAGGGACUGCAGAAGGACAAAGCUUACCUUUGAUGAUAUGCCACGCAAUGCAGAUUACUUUAUGCAGGAAGCUAAACGGAAGAAGCAUAAAGCAGAUGCAAUGGUGGAAAAGUUUGGAAAGGCAUUGAAUUAUGCAGAAGCGGCACUAUCAUUUAUUGAGUGUGGAAAUGCAAUGGAACAAGGCCCAAUGGAAUCUAAAUCCCCUUAUACAAUGUAUUCAGAAACAGUUGAACUCAUCAGGUAUGCAGUGAGACUAAAAACCCACUCAGGCCCCAAUGCCACGCCAGAAGACAAACAGCUGGCAGCAUUAUGUUACCGCUGCCUGGCCCUUCUGUACUGGAGGAUGUUCCGACUCAAGAGAGACCAUGCGGUCAAGUAUUCGAAAGCGCUUAUUGAGUAUUUCAAGAAUUCAUCAAAAGCUGCCCAGAACCCAUCUCCUUGGGGUGCCAGUGGAAAGAGCACAGGAACACCAUCACCCAUGUCCCCUAGCCCUUCUCCAGUCAGCUCUGUAGGAUCCCAGGGGAGCACCGGGGCCCCCUCCCCAUCUCCUAUUGUCAGCAUCCCGCAGCGCAUUCAUCAAAUGGCUGCCAACCAUGUCAGCAUCACCAACAGCAUCCUGCACAGCUAUGAUUACUGGGAGAUGGCUGACAACCUGGCCAAGGAAAACAGAGAUUUUUUUAACGACUUGGAUGCGUUGAUGGGACCUAUCACCUUGCACAGCAGUAUGGAGCAUUUAGUUCAGUACACUCAACAAGGACUUCACUGGGUGCGGAAUAGCGCUCACUUGUCAUAAUGACUGUGUGCCAUUCACAUGGACAGUAUACCUUUCAUGGAUAAUUCAGUUAUUCUGGACACUGUGCUACAGAAAUAGUCAACCACAGCAUUGAUCCAAACAAAGGUGAAUCUUUCUUCAAUACUGAGUAAAAUUUUUCUGAGUCUAGACAUGUAUGUGUGCAUAUGUACAAUAUACAGUGAUGUCUCUUCAGAAUGAAUUGUUCUGUAUCGCUCUCCAAACAUUUUCAUACACUAGAAAUACUAGAAAGAACUGAUCUUAAUGCACAAAACAUACCCUUUCUAUUCUUGUACCGAAAAACUCAGAAACCAAAAUCUCAUGGGUUGAUUGAUCCAAGUGCAAUAAGCACAGAUCCCUAUUCAGGAAAGCUCUCAAUAGAUUCUUAACUUUAAGCUUGCACUGAAAUUCCGUUGACUUCAGCAGAGCUUAAGCACAUAAACAAGGGCUUUCCUGAACUGGAAUGAGUGAGGGCAAAUCAUAGACAUGGAGAACUUAUACUGAGAGCAUGGACACGUCACAGAAGCUUCAAUAUUAAUGUGCCAUUUCCCUGUUACUUCUCCGCUGGGGCACACAGCGGAGUUGUGUAGCUUGCAUUAAGUUGGAGAAAGAUGGCAUUCCUCCAUGUGCAAUAAGUUUCAACAAACUGCAUGCAUUUCUUUAUCUCCUGUCUUUUUAAAUAAUUUUACCUCUUGUUCAGAUCCUCACCAACAGUAUAACCUACAGGAUCAAGCAAAAAGCCUGAAAACAGACACACUGAUAGCAAAAGCUUUGAAGAGAUGGUGGAAAACUGCAUUCUGUUACUGAUAGUAAAUAGAUAUAUGAACAAAUAUGGCAAACUGCAAUCCAGUUAGUAAAGAAAAUGUGUUAAUUUAGCUGCAUACACACAGAGAGACAGAGAGAUAUCUGUAACAGUUGUUGACUUUGCAUGGGAAAGCUUCAUCCUACAGAUUUUUACUUUCAUAUCUUUUUUUAUCUAGCAGAAGCUUGCAGCAUUUUCUUCUCUGCUGUAUGGGAGCAUUACAUGCAAUUUCCUUUAUCUGGGAAGCUGAGUUUGCUGCUCAUCAGGCUAAGAACUGUUUCCUAUCAUAAUCCUCUCACUCUUCAUGCAUAAUCCUCAACUAGGCAUUAACGUUUCUUGAUUUAUGGGAUGUUUUCAGUUCCUGUUGACAGGCUGUGUUUUUCAUGCCAGAAUUAAUCCCACAAUAAUUGGAGUUUAAUUUGGGUCAGAUGAGGUCAAGGCUAGUUCAUAUCAACUGUGCUUGCGUUCAGUGCAUUUUUGUUCAUUUUCAGUGGUUUUCACACAUUUAGUUUUCUUUUUCUGUACUUCAAAAAAAAUAAAUUCUGUAAGUUAAAAAAAUUUAAUUUUUUUGCAAUCAGAUUUGCAGCUUUUACUCAAUUGAGCAGCUCCGGUGACUUUAAAUGGUCUGUUCUUGUCCAAGUCACUGGUUGGACCCUUUGAUGGUUGUUUUCUAAUCUAAUUCACUUACAUAUUAAGAAAACGUGAGUACAAAAGACUCUUUCAAUAGAAGAUCCAAUUGACGGCUGAUUGAUUGGUCCUUGCUGCCUUUUUUUUUCCUCCCCCAUUUUUGAAGAGCUGUGUUUUGGAAAAAAAAAAAACAAACAAUGCAGCACGUUUUCUGAGCUAAACAGCUUUGGUAACACAGGCUGGCUGUACUCUGUGGUGAAAAGCAGGCUUGAGAACACACUGAGCCCCAUGUACCAUAACUCCAGCUACUGCUCAGACUCGGAGCACUCACCCCAUUCUUUGAAGCAGCUCAGCAGGUAGCUACAAGGAAUUGCUCUGCCCCAAGCCAGGCUGAGCUGAUAUUUAUGUGUCCACUAGUGCUCAGAUACUUCCCCCUAAUUGAAGUCCUGAGCUCAGGCUGUGGCCACCUCUUAGCACAGACUUGAGUGUUACAGUGUCUGGCUUUAAGAGUGAACAUGGACCUGCUGUUAAAUAACAAAAUAAACUUCCUCCAAGUCCUCCUGUCACUCUGAACUCUGGCUGUUACCCACCCCAAAAAGAACACGAUUCAUUUGGUCACAACUAUCGUGGAGAACUUGAUCGGUGCCUUUCAGUUUAUCACUUGCCUGAUCUCCAGCUGUGGGAGUCUGUCGGGAUUUACUAGACUAGCAGCAACAGAUUCCAUCAGCUGCUCCAAUACCCUAUGAAGGUACUGUGGGAUUUCUCCUCAGAUCAGGAAAGUGAAAUUCCGGUUAGAUUAGCUUCUGUUUUCUUUGACGGUGCCUAUGAUGUUUAUCUUCAGAUAAGUUUGGUGGUUUGGGAGCCCUUACUGCUAUUUAAUGUUGGGAAAUUUUAGAAGUGACAAAUAUUACUUGCCUUAAAUGGAGUUUAGUUUUAUUGCACAUGUGACAUUUGAGUUUCAAAUAUGGAACUUUGAAGCAUGUUUAUUUUACUAAGAUUGGGAUAUUUUUCUUAAAUCACAAUGAACUCUUUGUAUGGAUGUAAUAUGUCAAGAAACUUCAGAGAAAUGCAAGAAUUAAUGCUGUCCUGUUGUAACAUUUCCAAGUACUAAGGAUCUCUUGUGGAUGAUUGUCUUUUCUUGUACAUUGCUCUUAUAUUGAAUUAUUCCAGCUAAAAUGCCCAUUGCUUCCACGGAAAAACACACUGGAUUUUAGUUUUUGUGCUAGCAUCAUCUGUGUUGUCUGAUGAGUACACUGAGCCUUAACUUCUCGUGGUAUAACAGGAUGAAAUAGCAGCCAUUUAAACCAACUAGACAUAUAAAUGGAUUAGAGGUUUUGUGCUUCUCUCCAUAGGGGUUCCUGCAGCUAUACUACUUUGGUGAGGUUAUUUAGAAUACUCUUUUGUGCAGACCACUUGCUGUGUAUGGUUACUGCCAUUUAUAUGACUGAAGGUAGCAUGGUGACAAGGAAUAUAUCAUUUCAUGUUUUUAGGGCCUGGUCUGGAGGAGUGCAUGUGGCUUUUAGGUCUGGUCCAGUUAAGCAUAUGCUCUACCUUAAGAACCUGAAUAGUCUUAGGCACUUCACCAUGAGCCAAAAGUUUUCUGUGUGUUCUGGAUGCGACCAGAGGUGACUAGCUUCUUUGGAGUUCCAUGAAAGACACUGGCUUGUUCCAAUCUGUUGUAGAAGUCCACGAAUAUGUAGGCUUCUUUACACGAUAGCAAUGUUCAGGUUCAUUCUGGGAAGGUAAGAAGUCAUUCUGUACAAAUCCAGAAGGAUUAUCCCCGAAGGGAGAGGUUUGCUUACAAACUGAAGCAAACAGAAGGGUUGGUAAAGCAAUGGGAAUCGAUUCAAAGGAGCUAUGUAUUGCAAGUCAAUGCAACAAAUACAGAGCAGCCUAUAGUAUCCUCACAGACAGCAAGACCACACCGACCCCUUGGCCUUAAUCAUUUAUGGCAUACCAUGACUGACAGGUAAGAACAAAGCAUAUGCAGAGGUUUGAGUGCGGUCAAAAGCCAAGCAUAGUCCUCCCUGUCACAUGGCAGGAUGACCCAACCCCUUGUUUGCCUAUUUCUUUUAUCCAAAUAUCACAGGGCUCCAAAGGAAGAGAUUAUAGUGAACAGAUGACCUUAGGUAAAGGAGAUUAAGAAGAUCAAGCCCUAAGUGUAGAUACAAACACAUAUGUAUAUACUGUAAAUCUAAAUAGUGAUAAAAGUCACUCAGCAUGAAGGAUGUUACUAGUGCCUACCAUUGACCAUCAAGUACUCAUCACUGAGGAGCCAUAUCACCUCAGAAGUGCAGUAGCUGUUAUCAAAAUAAUUUGUGUAGCUAAUUAAUUUAUAAGAAAUGCACCUUUGAGACUGUGCCAUAAGUAUCUCUUUUGUAAUGCAAAUAUUCAACCAUUUUUCAUGGCUACUGAUUCAAAUCUACAUCACUGAAAUGUCAGGAUAUCUUUUUUUCCCUAGAUGAGGACAUAUAUACUUAGACCUGCCUAAUCUGUGCUUAGUUUAUCUACCCAAGAUAUUUUAGUAGUCACCAGCCUUAACGCAUGUACAGUAUAUUCUAUUCACUGACUUGGUUGUAGGUUUUAAUCCAAAUGCAAUUGGAAUUUGUGAAAUUACUUGGAUUAAUGGCAUCUGCCUCAGAUAUCCUGCAGAUGUGACAUUAAAUGAUUCGUGAUUUUAAGCAGGAAAGGUUGAAUUUUAUGUAAAUAACAAUAGAUGAAUUCCUUGAUCUUUUUACAAGAAGAUUUUUUUAAAAAAUUAAAAGAUUGUCAAAGCAAUAGGUUUUUUAAUUCUCCCAAAUUUUCUGGAGGGUCAUGGGUUCAUGGUAAAAGCUAUAUUAAGAACAUCUCCUUCUGCCAUAUGCCUUGCCUUUAUAUAAUCUUCUUAAUGCUUAAUACGUCAGAAAAAGAUGUUUCUUUUUCACAGCGAUAGCAAGAAUUCCCUCCCCCAUUCAGGGAGAAUCCUCAAACUAAAGAAUAGAUCUCCUGGCACAAUAGAAAUACAAACAAUGCCUGAAGAAUAUGGACUUGUUAGGAUAACAAUAGAAGUUUGGCUGGCGCAGACCUAACAUGCCUCUCAUUUGGUAUCUUUUUGUUAGCAUUUACAUCACAUAUUUGAACUCAUUGUGUUUGAAACUAGAGAAUUAGUCUGAUUUUCAUGUCUUGAAAAGGCCUUGUAGGUCUGAUCACUACCAUAAUUAUAAUUGUUACAUUAGCUUGUGUGCUGUGCGCCAAGGGCUGGAAAGGCACGUAACCGUAGAUAAUUUUGUCAGAAUGCAUUCAGAAAAGCAUUUGGAUGAUUUUUUAUCUAGUCUCUCUUGGAAACUAGAGAACAAUGUCUCUCAUCCUGUAUUGUUAGCAUGAAAAUUUGGCUACUUCAGUGUCUCUCAUAAAGCUGUCAUUUGCCCUCAAGAAGGCCAAGACUCCAUUUCCAGCAUUACUGGAACCUAACAGCCUAGUGGCCAUGCUGUAAAUUGUUCUUAAGGUUAAUUAACAAUCUGGGAAAGUCACUUUAGGCCCUGAUUGUUCUAGCUUUACUAAGGUUACAUAGAGGAAAAACACUAAGAUGUGGAGCAUCCAAGGCUCCAUUGCUCUUUCAAAAGACUGCGGUUUGACUAUGGUUUUCCUCAGCGAUGCAGGUGGCAUUCAGCUGGGGCUGUUUAUUCAAGUAAUUCCUCUGCCUCCACUUGCUGUCUGGUUCUGUUGCCCCUGGUAGCCUGCAAGUAUGCCUGCACUUUGAGGGGUGUUUUCUACUUCAGCAGCCCAAGCUACCUUUCAAACAGGGUGCUGGAGCAUGGAGCAAGUAACCCAUAGGUUGCAUAAAGGGCCUUGCUUUCCGCAACAAAACUAGCAGCCAAUACAGAAAGGCUCUCUCUCUUCUCUGAUCUGUGUAGCUUGAAUCUCACAUGCUGUAGCUUGAAUCCCAGUCUCACCCCUCCUGCCCUUGAAGGACUCCAGAGGGUCGAAGGAAAACAACAGAAUUCCUCUGUCCCAAGGCACAUAUUCCUUUUUGGGAGUACAUAUAGAGAACAGCAUGGAACAGCACUUGGGUCUCAUGUUUCUCAUAUGUGCUAACACAGGGAUACUUAACACUUAUCUGCCUCAUAGGGCUUUAUGAGAAUUAAUUAAUGUUUGCAAAUCACUUUGUAUCCUCAGAAGGAAAGUGCUGUAGAAGAGCUAUGGAAAAAACUGCUAAAUACACUGGAUGAAUUUCACCCCUGAGUCCAGAGCUACAAGACCCUCAAAAUCCUUAAACACCACGUAAGCUCUUUAUGUAAGCACCAGAAUACAUAAAACUUGUGCUUAGCACUGAGGGGAGUCACAGCCUAGGUGAAACUGCCAUUCCCAGAGCAUAGCUUUGAUCCUGGUAGAGAGCAAGAACCACAAUAUUAUACGGGACAAACAGCAUAGGUUAACCAAGUGCUGUGUAGCCAUCCUACAGAUGACGGCUACACAGCAAGUCAAAUCUUUAUGUCUUUGAGCCACUUUGUAUUUCUGUGAAAGAAAUUUGCCUCCCCAGUUGUACCAAGUGUGUUUCUCAGAAGUAUUCAAAUCAUGUUAUUCCAAAUCCAGAUUCAAAUAACUUUAAAUCAAUGGAAUUUUUUUUUCUUUUAGAAUGGUGCAUUGCAGAGUAAUGAAACAUUAAGAAAAUGUCCCUCUCAUAGCAAAAUAUGUAUCUGAGUGUGAUGCACGUUACCUGUAACUGACUUGGGAAGUCAGAGAUAUGUUGGGAACAUGGUGUUCAAGGAGUUACCUUCCCAAAUCACACCAUCAUUAGCCAGCAUCCCUGGGUCAAACUCCCAGCUCUGUUCUGACGCAUUACCUCUAGAAGUCGAUAGAGCAUUUCACCAAGGACUGACCACCAGUCAAAUCAAAAUGUUUCUACCGCUGUUCAUGUUAUUCAGGCAAUACUAACAAAUCCUUCCUUCCUUAGCUCUAGUUAUCCUUUUCUCCACUUGCCAUUCUUAGACAUGGAAUUCUAACCCUUAUAAUCUGUAUUGAUAUUGAGGCUUCGCCCAACCCCGAUGCAGGACCUUGCACUUAGCCUUGUUGAACUUCUUGAGGUUCACAUGGGUCCUCUCCUCAAGUCUUCCCGGCCGUCAAGGCCCUUUGGCAUCCUUCAUCCAUGACAAAGAAGUCCAUCUUCCAUUUGCUAAGGUGCAGUAUGGGAAGAUGGGGACUUCUGGCUUUCCUCAGCAAAUCACACAUAGCUAACGAGUGUCACGAUCAAUGCAGUAAUUAAUUUUUUAUCUCCUCAGCCUUUCGUUUUGCCUUCCUGGUCCCACAGUCAGCUCUUCCUGCAAUUUUAGACAUUUUCCUCCUCAACCCCAUCUCCCAGCCUGUGCUUGUGAUGUACAUGAGAAACUAGAGCUGAAAUUCCUCACUGGAAAAAAGAUGGAGGGCAGCGCAGAGCUUCUCCGAGCAGCUCAGGACCUUUCUGUUUUCUUCUCGUUCCCACCCCACCUGUGGGACUGGCAUACACCUUCUCCCAUUAAUCCGAGCAAGAGAGUUGAAUUCCCUCCUCAGAAGAGACAGUGAGUGCUGAUGACUCCAUAUACAACUUCUGCCCAGCUCUUCUCUGCAUUGGAAGGCGGAUGUGAGAGAUCAGCAAUAUGGGGAGUAAAGGCCCUUAGUGCUGGUGACUCACUUGCCUGUGUGAAACAGCAGUGUAGCUGGAGGGGUUACAGCAGCAUUUCCUGGCCCAGCACCAUUGCCUGAUGUUGUGUUACUGAUCUGCCUGAAUGAGCAUUGCUGCUCUACGGCCCUGCAGUAGAACUAGCAGGACAGAUGGUCUCACACUCGUGCAAGGACCUUUUUUAAGCCAUUGAGGACACACAGUCAGCCUUGUAACAAUUCACUGGGGAUAAAUAACAAGAGAAGGUGGAAUGGGAGAGGAAAAAAUGUCCUGAUUUAAACAAAGAAGUUGGGAUUUGCCUCAUCUUGUACUGUAUAUAAUAAGCACAAUGAAUCACACCCUGGAAGUGCUUGUUUCUGUGUACUGGCUACAAAGGGAAUUUAGGUGAUGAGCUCAGAUAUAGAGGUAUAUAAAUCCUAUCCCAGGUUUACAAUCAUACCUGUUGCUAAUGAGGGUGCCUGCUGAAAUUGGUAAAUAUCUUAGAUGCACUGAUGUAGGAUGGACGGGGCAGAGAUCACAUUGGGAGGGAGCAGAUAUACAGGAAAACAGGUAUGCAGUUAAGUACAUUUAUUUCUGAGAUGGUUAAAGCAUACAUUUUAGACUUGGACCAUCUCUUGCCCACUCCCUAAUUCACUGGGCCCAAAUCCAAAGUAUAUAGUUCCUCAAGGACGUGCACCUUUCUUCUAUUAAGAUUACUGAAAUAUCAAGAAAAUAUAUUUUACAGAGUACUUAACACUCACAGGCACUUUUUCUGUAUGUUGUCUGGAAGUAGAGCUGGCUUCCUUUAAACAGAAGAAACAGUUUUUCCGUACAUGGCAAAGGAGAUGAGCUUGGCUGUGAGCCCACAUUAUGCCAAUAUUACUCUUUUUUAUGGAAAUUCAACAGCAUUUUUCAAUUCAUUACGUGAAAAUGGCAAUUUUAUCCAUGACGAACAGCCUGUAGGCCACCCAGGGCCACCUAAAGCUCAUGGCCUGCCUGCAGACCAGCAGUCCCACAGCAGCUCCUAGGGCUGGCCAGGCAGCAUCCUUGGCUGUCGGUGGAGGCAGGAAGAGCGGUGUUGUGUUGAGAGCUUCAGAGCAGCCCAAUCAAGGUGUGCUUGUGGUGCCAUUGUUAGGCUGUCUCUUUCUUUGGGCAGCAACAGGAGAGGCAGGAGCCCAGGCAGAGGAGCCAGGCAGUGUGAGAGCUGCUCUCCAGGUAGCCCAAAUCUAACCCUGGUCCUCCUGUGCAGGGAUAUCACUCCGUGCUGACUGUGGCAAAUGGAGGCAAUAACUGGUGUAACAAAUCAUGGCUGCAUACACACACACACCACAAACACACACACACACGCUUACUGCUUAUGGCCUGCGUUCCUGGGGAUAUUAUUAAUGGAAACCUGGACCACGGUGGUGUCUGUUGACCAGGGGCCAUGUUGCAGUAGGCAUCCUUACAGAGAUGGAGUUACCACCAUGCAGAAGCAAAACCAAACCAUGCUGUGGAUGGGCGAGGGAAACAAACAGGUGGGGAACACAUCACAGGGCGGCCAAAAUAACAGUAUGCUUAGAUUUGUCAUUACUUCUCCAGCCAGUUGCAAUAAUCACAGUAGGCCUGAUUCCCUCCCCAUUUCCCAUGCUGUGCAUAGCACCAGGGGCUGAAAAUGCAAUGCAGUGGUCCCAGUGUAGGGUCCAGCCACUGACCAUCCUCCUGCUAGGUGUGCAUGUUGCAUGUUGCAUGUUGCAACUCCUCCCCACCUGCCCUUUUCACACAGCGAACUUCUAAGCGAGGGUCCAUGGUGAGAUGAGGUACACAAAGAUCAGCUUACAACCGGAAUUAUUUUUGUAACAAACAGCAGAGAUUCAUUUCCAUGUUUCAUUUAUAACAAGAAACAUCAGCAGAUUUUCUGUGAAAUUAUUCAAGUCAGGAUGGGUUUAUUUGCAGCUCAUAAAAUACCGCUCAUGUUUCUGAGGAUGUGCUACCCAAGGCCUCCAGCACUUAGCCAAUGCUAUAGCAGUUUAUCUUUCCACUGACCAUGAUCUCACAUACAGCAGGCAAUAUCGUUUACACAGGUUAAUAAACAGAGUAUCCUGUACAGUAAUUUAUGCUGUAAAGUAUGUACAUAUAUCACAGUAGCAGCCACAAAUGCUUUAAACUGCCUUAUUUAUUAGAUCAGUUAGCAUUUCCCCUCGUCGCUCCAGAAUACUUUAAAUUAUUUUUAUCUUUUGCAUUAGGUAUUUUUUUAGCUACUGCAUUUUGAUCCAAUUAUUGGAAAAAAAUUGGUCUUUACAAUAAAUAGAUAUCUAAAAUUUAAGUAGAAAUAGCAAAUUCACUGCCCAUCCAACUAAUAUAGCUCCAAGUAUGAUUAAAAUUAAAUAUGGUAUACUCUUAUCUGUGUAUCAUAGUAUAUGCCAGCAGUCAUAUUCCACUUGUGAUCGAUACAAACAAGAGCUUUAGUAACUUUCACCUACUUAUUUCUUCCAUUGUGAGACAAAUAAGUAAUAAACUACUUAACCUAAAUGUUCCCCAUGAGAGCCCUGGUCUUAUUCCUCCCUCAGGCAAAACUCACUUUGGCUUCAGUGGGAGCUUUACCUAAAUAAAAGUACAACAUAGGGACAUUACAAAAAUAAAUACAUCAUGUAUGAACAGUACUUGUGCUUUGUAGUCACUGCUUCUCUCUGUAGUAAGAAACACUUACUACAGGUAAGAGGGUAAACGCUCCAUGUGUAACUCUGCUCUGUCUCACACCUUCCUUUUUGCUGUACGAGUGAAAAACUGAGAUUCAAAACCAAUCAUAUUUGUUCCAUUCACUCCAGUAAAGUAGAAAUCUUUGAGGAUCAGUUCCGAGUCAAACUAGAAAAUACAAGAAAAUUUUGCUUUUGCUUGUUUUCCUGUUAAAUUAUGUUACACAACUAAACAGGUUCAUGCGUACAAAGGCAAUGAAAUUAUUAAUGACUUGUUUUACUGUUUGGAGAUUUUGCUAUGUCCACAGUUCGUAUAAAACUCAUGUAGCACAGUUUCUGGGAUGGUGAAAAAUCCUACUGUAAUGUAACAGAAUGAGCCUUAAGGAUUUGUAAGAAUAAGCACUUUUAUAUUAAAAAGCAAAUAUUAAUUCAUCAGUAAGAUUACUUUUUUAAUGUGACAAUAAAC